AUGGCUCGCUCGAAGACGUAUUCGGACGCUAUAGCUCUGUUGAACACUUGUCAAUCUAAUGCUGCUGCGAUUGAAGCUCUGCGCAAGUCUGGGGGAAGAUUGAGUGAUUGGGCUGUACCGGAGAUGCAUCAUUAUUUAAGAAGAAUAGGUUAUGUGCCAGAUGAUCUGAACAAACUUAAUGUAUUGCACAUAACUGGGACUAAAGGGAAAGGAUCAACUUCAGCUUUUACAGAAAGAAUUCUCAGAACUCAUCUACCGGGAAAGAUAGGGUUAUAUACCAGUCCUCAUCUUUGUGCUGUUAGGGAAAGAAUACGGAUUAACGGUGAACCACUUAGCGAACCUGAUUUUGCUAAAUAUUUCUUUGAUGUUUGGGAGAGGUUGGAAGCGGAUCCUCAGCAACUUUCAGAACAUACACCUAUCUAUCCUCUCUACUUCCGUCUACUCACUCUUGUAGCAUUCCACGCCUUUCUCUCCUUACAAGUUUCAGCCACAGUAUUAGAAGUCGGUAUAGGUGGGACAUACGAUAGUACCAACAUCAUUCCUCGUCCUAUAGUGACCGGUAUCACUUCUUUAGGUCUCGAUCACACAGCAGUACUCGGUAACACAAUCGAAGAAAUCGCACGUAAUAAAGCUGGGAUCUACAAACUUAAUGUCCCCGCUUUGACAGUACCUCAAGAAUCAGAAUCAGCUUUGGAAUUAUUACGAGAAAUAGCGAAUAAAAACGGUUCUAGUGAAUUUAAAGUAAUACCUAUGAUACCAGAAAUGGAAUUAGGUUUGAAAGGUUCGCAUCAACUUAUAAACGCAAGUUUAGCAGUUUCGAUGUCUAAAGUUUUCCUCGAAACUAUUGGAGAUAAAUUAGGAGCUAAAUAUCUGAAUGAAAUGAAAGAAGAAAGGGGAAUACCUGAAAGUUUUAAAAUCGCUUUAAAAGAAACUAAAUGGCCUGGAAGAUGUCAAACGGUAAGAUAUAAAGGGGUGAAUUGGAUGUUAGAUGGUGCUCAUACUAUUGAAUCUUUGACGAGUUGUGGUGAAUGGGCUUGGAGUGUGAGUGAAGGGAAACCAAAUAUUUUGAUAUUCAAUUGUUCAGGUGGAAGAUCGGGGGAAAGUUUAUUAAAGGCUUUGUUGGAAGCUGGAGCCAGAGUGUUGGGAAAGACGGUGGAAGAAGUGGGAAAAGGAAUGAAGAUGGUUAUAUUUUGUACCAAUGUUACUUAUUCUUCGGGAGAAUUUAAAGGUGAUCUAGCUUCCAAAGCUAUCGACCCUGAUGAUCUCUCUCAUUUAUCCACUCAAAACGCUUUAAAAGAAGCUUACCUCUCUUUGAUACCUACAUACGAUCCCACACUUGUUCACGUAGUAUCAAGUAUAGAACAUGCCGUUCAUCUCAUCCGAACCUCCAAAGCCACCCCAUCUGAGGAACCGAAUGUAUUGGUUACGGGAAGUUUACACCUCGUUGGAGGGGUUAUGGAAGUAGCUGAACUCCAAGAGUUUUUAAGUAUGAAUUGA